AUGGUUGCGAACACACUCGGCCCACCGGAUUUCGCCAUCUACGACCAGGGCACGGAGUUCGCCGGCGGCGACUUUCAAAGUGGUCUCGAACGCUUUACGAUCCAACCACUCGUCGCAAGUCAGGACGCCGCAUUCGAGAAUGGUGUGUGCGGGCGCCGAGGCGAGCUUUUCAAGAAGGUUUACUACAAGAGCCGAAAGUUGGUACAACCCCGCGACCUUGACGAAAUCGAGAUCUUGACCUUUGAGACGGCGUGGGCGCUUCAAGCAGCUACCAACCAUUCUGGUUUUACGCCAGCGCAACGGGUUCUUGGGCGACAACCACGACUUGCGCUGGACUUGCUGCGCGACGACCGGUUGGACCAUGCUUUGUCAUUGCCCAGCAGGGCCACACGGUAUGGGUCGCAAGACGAGGAGAAGCUGCAGCAGACGAACUACCUUCAGACGUUGAGGGCUACUCACCCGGCAGUUUCAAGCGAACCACCGCUACCCACCUGGGGCUCAUCCGCCACAUGCACUACCAGCACCUGUGGACGAGCCAGCUGUAACGGAGGCCAACCGCCUGAACUAUCAGCAGGGCAUGAGUUGUCAGCGUCGUCAACGGCAGCGCCAAUUGCACCUUUGGAAGCAGAGGUCAGUGGCCGCAAGCCGUGGAGACCAAGAAGUGGACCUGCUACGACAACAACGCUGACAGGUUCAGGGUUUCAAGCAGUCAAGGGCCGAUGUGGAGUGACGUUGUUCGACGACGAACCGUGGACCUCGACAGCGGACGACGAGUUCACGGGCAACGAGCGACCGAGAGAACUUAGCCAAGCACUACCGCAGGGAGUCAAGAACAUCGAGACCACGCAGUUCUACCGGACAUCAUGGGGCUCCGCAACCAAGUCGAAGAUCGGCGGCGUCUGGGUUGCUGACUACGUGACACCUCGGGGAGACAAGAGGAAGUUCCCUGUGGUCGCAAAUGCCAGAGAUCUUGAAGCUUUCAGCAAGCUGGUCAAGAGGGACGUCUUCUACACGUACUCCGAGCUGCACUCCGGAUGGAUCUGUGUGGCGAAGAAGUCUGGCAAGGAAAGCCAAGAGCGCACCUUGACCGAACAGGAGCGCAAAAUGUGUGCCGAGGCCAAGCUCACGGAGAUCGAGAACGUUGAGGGGUCCAGUGCUAUUAGCUUUGUGACGGACCCUGAAGAGAUCCGAAAGAUCAGGGAGUCCUUCAGUCACAGGAUCAUGCCUUCGCGCUUCGUCCUGACUGAGAAGCAGCAAGAGCUAGGGCAGAGCUGGGAAGCUAAAGCUCGGUGGAUUCUGCUUGGGCAUCGCGAUCCUGUAUGCCCCGAGUCCACCUUUGACCCCUGCAUUUACUACCUUCCCUUCACCGAGGACGAGAACCCGGACCGACGACGAGGAUGCACUGGACUAGUGCCUCUAGAUGUCAACGACUUCCUUCAGGAUGGAAAUCCUCGCCAUGGUGACUUGAUGGAGAAGUUGCGCGGCAGACUCCGAUUUGGAAAAUGGCGAACGAUUUACAAGAGCUUGGGCGAGUAUUUGGGCCGGACUGUCUAUCAACUGGACAGCUACGAAAUAUAA